AUGGCGUACAACCAGAAUCCGGGCGGCCAGUACUAUCCUCCACAGCAAUAUGGUUCGAAUGUGCCGUAUCAGGACCAGGGCUCGUACCAGAAUCAAUAUCAGAAUCAAUACCCUCAGCAGGGCCAGCAAUAUCCACCGCAGCAUCCACAGCAACAGCACCAUGCUCCCCAAGGAGCGCCAGCGACGGGGGGCUUCGAUUCCAGCUGGCACUCAACAGUGGAUGGCAUCUCAUAUUCGAUCACUAACCGUGACGCGAACGCCAUGGUGAACGUGCGUAUCCCCCAAGGUGUCGUCAUCAAGUCCAAGCCAGGGGCCAUGAUCCAAAUGUCUCCAACGAUCGUCCUUCAGGGGAAGAUAAAGUUCAGCAUGAAGAAAAUGUUCACGGGAUCGGAGAUGGCUGAAUCCAUGUACACUGGGCCGGGCGAAGUGUCUCUGGCACCCACCUUGUUCGGUGAUAUAUCCGCCAUCACUGUUCGCGGAGACGAAGGCUGGAACCUCGGAAAGGAUGCCUUCCUGGCGUGCACGAGUGGAGUGACGAAGGAGGCGAAGAGCCAGGGCCUCGGAAAGGCUUUCUUCAGUGGGGAAGACUUGUUCGUCUACCGCAUUUCUGGCCAGGGGACACUCUGGGUCACGUCCUUCGGUGGUAUUGUCGCCCGAGAUCUCCAAGACAACGAACAGCACAUUGUUGAUAACGGUCACCUUGUGGCGUGGAACUGUCGAUAUGCAAUUGAAAAGGCCGGGAAGAGCGGCAUGAACAGCAUGAAGACCGGUGAAGGUCUUGUCUGUCGAUUCACAGGACCAGGUCGGAUUUACGUCCAGACCAGGAAUCUGGACGAUUUCGGUGACUGGAGUCUGAGCAGCGCCGACAUCUGA